AUGGGCAAGAAAAGCUUUCGGGGCAAAGGUCGACGUGGCGGCGGAGGUGGUCGCGGCGGUGGUCGCGGAGACGCAGGCUGGACCGACUAUGCGCCUUUCGACAAGAACAACCAGAAGCUGGAGGAAUACUACAACACCCUGCUCCAGCUGCCCGAAGAGGAGAACCAGCAGUACUGGGAGGCUCUGAGACGUGAGCUGCCAAACAGCUUUCGAUUUACCGGUUCGCGAGGACAUGCUUUGUCGGUCAAGAGGCUCCUCCAGACGCGCUACAUCCCCGAGAUUACGAAAAUCGAGCACUAUGAUGGCAGACCUGUUGAGCCGCCCAAGCCUGUGCCGUGGUACCCCGACGAGCUGGCCUGGUGGAUGACCACUCCCAAGAACGUUGUCCGAAAGUUCCCUCCCUUCUCGGCAUUCCAGAAGUUCCUCGUCUCCGAGACGACUGUGGGAAAUAUUAGCAGACAAGAAGUUGUGAGCAUGAUUCCGCCUUGCCUGAUGGAUCUUCGCCCAGGCAUGGUUGUCCUUGACAUGUGUGCUGCUCCCGGAAGCAAGUCGGCGCAGCUUCUCGAGAUGCUUCACCACGGCGAGGAGGCACGUGUGCGAAAAGUUCUGCGCAAGUUUGCCAAAGAGGACGGUCUGGAUCUUGGAGAUGAGACUCAGGAGGAAAUCGAAGCUGAUCUGGAGGCUGACCCGUCGGACAAUGGCCGCGCUACGGGUCUGCUCAUUGCCAACGAUUCCGACUACAAGCGCGGGCAUAUGCUUGUUCACCAGCUCAAGCGUCUCUCGUCCCCCAACCUCAUUGUCACAAAUCACGACGCCACGCAGUUCCCAUCUCUCAAGCUGCCCACAACGGAUUCCAAGGGCAAGCCUACGUACCUCAAGUUCGAUCGCAUUCUGGCAGACGUCCCCUGUUCCGGCGAUGGCACUCUGCGAAAGAACGCCAACCUCUGGAAGGACUGGCAACCAGGCAAUGCUCUCGGAUUGCACGCCACUCAGAUUCGGAUUCUCGUUCGAGCCCUCCAGCUACUCAAGGUUGGCGGCAGAGUCGUGUACUCUACCUGCAGCAUGAACCCCGUUGAGAACGAGUCCGUCGUUGCGUCAGCAAUUGAGCGUUGUGGAGGGUCUGGUAAUGUCGAGAUUCUCGACUGCGCUGAUCAGCUCCCUGGGCUGGUGAGACGACCCGGCAUGAGAAAGUGGAAGAUUAUGGAUAAAUCUUGUCGCAUGUGGGACACCUGGGAGCAAGUAGAGACAUUUGCCCGAGACGAGAAUGACGGCGUGGUACCUGGCCGUGUUUCCCAGACCAUGUUCCCCAAGUUGGAAGGAACAGAGUGCUAUGACUUGCCGCUCGAACGUUGCAUGAGAGUCUAUCCUCAUCUCCAGGACACCGGUGGCUUCUUCAUCACCGUCCUGGAGAAGAAGACUGACUUCAAGGCGCGAAAUGAAAACGAGCCCAAGACUGCUGCUGCUGCCGCUGCCGUGGCCGCCAACAUCGCGAAAUCACAAGCCGCUUCCGAGAAGACAGAGGAAAAGCCAGCCGACACUGCCGAGACUCCCGUCGCUGCUGAGAGCAAUGGUUCAAAACCAGAGGAAGACGCCGCCAUGGACGAAGCUGCCACAAACGGUGGUACUAAGAGACCCCUUGAAGACCAGGACAGCGAGCAACAAACUGCCAAAAAGACAAAGACAGAAACCGAUUCCUCUGCCACCACUCCUGCACCACUUGUCCAGCCCACCGAAGCCGUGACAAAACCCAAGAAAGCUGGUCCCCCCGAAGAACCAUUCAAGUACCUCGAUCCAUCCCACCCCGUCAUCCAGAACAUCAAGCAGUUCUACAGCCUCUCCACUCGCUUCCCCGACAACCGGUACAUGGUGCGCAACGAGCUCGGCGAGCCCGCCAAGGCCAUCUACUACACCACCGCACUCAUCCGCGACAUUCUCACUGAAAACGAAGGCCGCGGCGUGCGAUUCGUCCACGGCGGUGUCCGGAUGUACAUGAAGCAGGAUGCUCCUUCUGCUGAAGUAUGCCGCUGGCGCAUCCAGUCCGAAGGCAUGCCCAUCGUCCAGGGAUACGUUGGCGAACCGCGCGUCAUCCACCUACACAAGAAGGAGACUCUUCGCAAGCUGCUCAUCGAAAUGUUCCCCCGUAUCUCAGAUGACGACUGGAAGAACUUUGACGAGAUUGGCGAGAGAGUGCGUGACGUCGGCAUGGGAUGCUGCGUUCUUCGUGUCGAGCCUGAGGCGGGUGACCCGGAGUUCACGGAGCGGGUGGCUCUCCCCCUGUGGAAGAGCAUCCAUUCGUUGAAUCUUAUGCUUCCCAAGGAGGACAGAGCGGCUAUGCUCUUGAGAAUCUUUAACGAUACAACCCCCUUGAUCAACAAUACGUUGAAUAAGCACAAGGACCAGCAGAAUGGUAGCAAGUCAAAGGAUAGUGAGGCCAAGGAGGAGCAGCAGCCCUUGGAUAAUGCUGAUGUAGAGGAUUUGCCGUCCCCGGAGUAA